CCGCACGCGCACAGCAGGCGCGGUGGGUUGUGGUGCGGUCACAUUUGUAGCGGACGGACGGAGCGAGUCGCCAGGAUUUGCGGCUCGCUUAAAAACCAGUGGUUUGCGCUGCUGGGUUACAAUUUAAUUCGUGGGAGACUGAGGAAAGUAGUGUGUAGUCGGAGCAGCAGCAAAACUUUUAAGUUGGAAAAUAAAAGAAGGUCUGGAGGGUUUUCGCCCCCUUUUGACAGCUGCACCGACAAACAUCAGUGACCGGGAGGUGAGCUGCCACCAUCCAUUCAGCUGUCACAGUGCUCUGUGAUGGUGGGAGCCGCUCUCAGCUGCUCUUUCCACCACGCUGGGCUAUUUACUUCUUCCAGCUGGAGUUCAGCCAUAGAUUCAUUUCACGUUGAGCUCUUUGACUCUGGUUCAUGGACAUAAAUGGAAUUUAAAGGAAAUAUGAGGACUGACUGCCCCCCCUGUGCAUCCUGACUGUCUCAGCCUCCAUUUGUGUGUCUGAGGAUCCAUGAUGACUCGGAGGGGGCUUGACUGGUGGAUCCCCUGCUGACAUCUUUGAUCCCCAGAUUUUCGCUCUAAAACACCGUUUCCCGACAGCUUUUGAGCUGUUGUGCACCCUUUUAUUUUUAUUUUUUGUGGAGGCCCCCGUCUGCGGCUGAGCUCUCAACAUGGCUAGCCUGGUGAUCAACGAGACCGGAAUGGUGGACUGUGGGAUUGACGACUCCUUCAAGUACAACUUGUACUCUGCGGUUUACAGUGUGGUCUUUGUGUCGGGCCUGAUAACCAACUGUGCCGCCCUCUUUGUGUUCUGUUUCCGGAUGAAGAUGCAGAACGAGACCACGAUGUUUAUGACCAACUUAGCAUUAUCUGAUUUAGUGUUUGUUUUCACGUUGCCGUUCAAGGUCUUCUACAACGUGAAUCGUAACUGGCCUUUUGGAGAUGGACUGUGUAAGGUUUCGGGAACGGCCUUCAUCACCAACAUCUAUGGCAGCAUGCUCUUCCUCACCUGCAUCAGCGUGGACCGCUUCCUGGCAAUAGUCUAUCCGUUCCGUUCACGCGCCAUCCGCACACGGAGGAACGCAGCGCUGAUGUGCGCCGCCGUGUGGCUCACCAUCGUGGGAGGAGGCAUUUCGGUGACCUUCUUCUCCACCAUCAACAGCCGACACAAAGCCACCACAUGCUUCGAGGGCUUUUCCAAGAACACCUGGAAGACCUACCUGUCUAAAAUCACCAUUUUCAUCGAGAUUGUUGGUUUCCUCCUCCCGCUCUUGGCCAAUUUAAUAUGCUCCUCGCUGGUUCUGCGGACGCUGCGUCGCCCCGUGACUGUUGGUCACGGUUGUGACAGUAAGAAACGUGUCCUGCGGAUGAUCCUUGUCCAUCUUGGCAUCUUCAUCAUCUGCUUCGUCCCUUACAACUCUAUCCUCUUCCUGUAUGCCCUGGUGCGAACCCAGGCCCUGGCUAACUGCACUGUGGAGCGCUUUGUCCGAACACUUUACCCCAUCACUCUAUGUCUGGCCAGUCUCAACUGCUGCCUGGAUCCCGUGGUGUACUACUUCACCUCGGAGAGCUUCCAGAAGAGCCUGACCAUGGGAGGCAAAGGGUCUGGCUCUCGGCCUGAGAGCAUGCCCCGCAGUGACACGGAGACUCAGGACACAGCGACGGCUGUCCCGAGCGACACCCACACUCUGACCAGCAACGGAAAAGAGACAAAGAUCACUGAAAGUCAGUUGUGACUCAAGAAAGAAGGAGAAGGACAGGGUGGGUUUGACUGCAACCCCUGAUUUUGACAAAUAUAACAACCACUUGUUUGGUCCUGAAAAUGGAAAACACAUAACUCACCAGAUUAGUUAAGUCCUGAGGUAAGUCUUGAGGCAUGGCCUGGGCUUUAUGGAUUAACCCAGCACCGGAGAACAGAGGAAUGUAUCUGUGGUUUUUAUGAGCGAUCGCUACAGGGACCAGAAACCCAACUACACUGGGACUAUUGCAAUAGUCCAGAGACUCAAAGUGGGUCUAAAAGAGACUCUGACAUGUCAUUGAUCAAACAUAAGACAUGCACACAAUUCCACUGGACUCUGAAGAAGAUGAUGUCCAUCCACAUGCUGUUUAGUACUUGUGUAACACAACAGUUCCUUAAGUAUUAUUAUUAUAAAGAUCAAGCUUUCACAGUGCAUUAUAUCACUGUGGUGUGUUACUAGUAUUGCUACUGUGUAACACAGCAUUGUGUUGACCUGCUGAGUCAAAUGUAUCUCAUCAUGUUGAAGACUGAGGCCAGUAAAUGUCUGUUUUUGAAUUGCAUUCAUUAUUUCUUUGCCCCGGCCUUGUGAUUGUCCUCACAGUCAAACCUGCUCUGAGCUGCUCUUUGUCAGCGAGCCUGUACAUUUGAACUUGUGCGGGAGUUUUUCUACUCCAGCUUCUUGGUUUUUCACCAAGCAGCCAGUGUGAGCUUGUCCUCAGCGCAGAGGGCAGCUCUGAUUUAGUUGAGGACCUCGGCCUGUGUGCUGUGUCACAGGCCAAAUGCUUAUUAUGACUGGAGCAAUGGUCCAUUGUUUGCUUCUGAAUGAGGUCUCUCUGUCUUAAUCCGGCCUUAGACUGCAGAUCUGCUCAAAGUCUCUUACACACAGCAAUGUGCAAACACUCCAAGUACAGAUGAACGCCUUUAGCUGUUUACCCAAAAUCAUGGAUUUAAACUGCAUGGAGCACAAAACACUUGUGUGUCAGCAGAUUUGGAAGUUUGAGUGUUGCUGAAUUUGCGUGUAUAAAAUGCUGUUUGGUCGAGCAGUCUGUCAGAAAUGUGCAGAAUUUGUCCAAUCUUUAUCAUAAAGUCCGGUCAGAGCAGCAUCUGCAACAGCAAAAUAAAUCAUUUUGCAGCUGUGAAGAAGCUUCUGAAUCAAGUUAAACUUUGGUCAAGUUUGGUAAAUUUUGGCAUCCAAAGAUGGAGGAACCACCUGUAGCUUAACUGCAGUACAUUAAACUUGAUUUAUUCUUCUGUGGGAAAUCUACAUAGUAAAGGUAAACUCCUUUUAUCCCCACACCUCAACCAUUCAAGUCAUCGUGGUAUGCAUCAACCUGACGUGUAGUUACAUUUCUCUGGAUGUACACGGCAGGUUAUUUAGAAGGUUGCGGCGUAGGGUUAAAAUGAAAUUUCGGUUGUUGCAUAAGUUACAAUGUAGAUCUGACGCAGAAGUUUUCAUACACGUGUUAGAGUCGAGGCCAGCUGUGAGGCAGGAAUCAAUAACACAAGCAGAUGCGGAAUUAACGGUGAAAUUUCCUGUUAUCAACCGAGCUACAAGUUUGGGUUGGAUUGCUGGAUAGUUUGGAGGGCUUUAUUUAAUCUUCAAACCUUGGAUUUAUAAACAGUGCAGAGAGUAAACAACACAGUGUAGAGCAACCAGCUGUGUUGUUGAACUCCACCAUCUUCCACCCCAGUGAGUUUCAGUAGUUCAACAAGUAGUCCCUAUGCCACCAUGCUUUAAGCACCACCUCAUGUUUGGUCAUUAAAGCAUUAACUGCAGAGCCGAGGAUGACAGCAGGCUCGCAGCUUGGCUCUGUGUACGUACAGCCCCCUGCUGCAGAAGCACAAUAAAUUCUCUUGGUGUCAUUACACUCAAUGUUGGUACAAGUUUAGUUUUUUCUAUUCUUUUGCUAAGCAAUCCAACUUUCCAUUGCCUUAGUUGGCAAUGUAACAGAGUAUACCUGCUUCACUGGUAUGCACAGUGAGAAAUGAGGGUGUUGGGGGGGGUGGGGGGUGUCUGGUUGUGUGAAUGAUGGGAGCAUUUUGCAGCAGAACGACAGAGGGGCAGCAGUCUUUGGAUCCUCAGAUUUGGGGUCAAGGGUAGCAGGAGGAGAGAAGAAAACCAGGAAAUAAGAACAGUGGGAGUGUAGAGGUAUGCAUGAGCUUCACCCCCCCCAAAUGGUUCAUUCCAAGAGUGUUGCGUCACUUUUUUCCCUUUUUUUUGAACAGAUAACAGUCAGAUGUUUACCGUUGGAGCACGCCUGUUAAAGGAACAGUCUGCCCUAAAUCUAGAAGAGAAAAAUGCACAUGGCUCAGUCAGUUGUGACAAGUGGCCUGUCCUGACAUCUAGUGGCCACAAGUUACAACAGCAAUUUUAAAUUUGAGACAACAGACUGACCACAGACCACGUUCCACAUGUUUGCUGAUUGUUUUGGGCUUCAUAGUCACCUGUUUGUCAGCCCCAUAGAAGUCUCAGAGAAGCCACAAGGCAGCCGGGGCAAGCAUGGGAAGUAUUAUCAAGCUAUCUUCUCUGGGUGUGGCCUCGUGCUGUGAAAGUAACAGGAUGGGGAGCGUAUGUCAUAAAGCUACAGCGUGGUUAAACAUUUCUACAGCACGUGAAGGCUUUCCUUCUUUUUUUUCUGUAGGCCUCGUGAACAAAAACCAUAACCACAAGAACAAAGCUUAAAAGCUACUGUUCAGUGUCAGAGGACACACAAAUGCAGCCUUUUUAUUUAAUAUUUCUUUUAAUUAUUAGAGGAAUAAGAGCCAGGUACCUACAUUUUGCUAAAUAAAUACUAUGAUUUAAAAACGGAAGUAAGGAAUCUGAACGGGGAAGCAGAUGAGUGCUAUUAUUUUGGUCACAACGGCUGUAGGUGAACUGAGACAACUUUUACACCGUCAGCGUUGCACUGUAGAUGUGUUAAAAUACAGACUGCAAAGAAGAGAAGCUAAAGAAGAGGGCUGAUUUCCUCAGGAUCUGCUGCGUCUGCAGACCAGAUCACCUUUGAAAAGAUCUUUUGAAAAUCUUCAGACAUUUCUGAGUUCUUGCGUGUGUUGCUAAGCACUAGUGACGACGUCGCGAACAGCAGAAAAACACUCAAGCGCAAUAGGGCAGAGCUUCCCCUUCCCUUCAAAACUGGCAGCUAGUUGAGUCACAGAACGACUGACACCAGAUCCCGCCACCUCCAGCAAACACUCUCAUAUCACAUCACCAGCAGCUUCAUGCUGUUUUCACAUGCAGUGUGCUGGCAGAUUCUUCUUUCGGCACCUGUUGACUCCUUUUUCUGCUGCACAGCGCGAGGACUUUGUAGAAGAUGCUCCACGCGGUCGCUCCUGGCUCUGACCUCUACCGUCUGCCUACGCUGGUGAUUUAGAGGCUUGAAAAACGAGCAGUCAUCGGUACUUCAGCAAAAAAAACUAUGAUCAAAGGAAAGGCACGCUUGG